AUGGCGUCCAAGCAGACAGAGAAGGAGCCUCAGGGUAAGGGCAAGAACACGUCGGUCAAGGAUGAGCCUGAAGAGGUCCAGGAGAAGUUCUCUCCUGAAGAGGAGGCGUCCCUCCUAUCCGAAUCCAACACCCACAAAACCGAAGCAAACGCCCUCUUCACAUCCUCCCAAUACACCUCCGCCAUCGCAAAAUACGACGAGGCCGUCUCCGUCUGCCCAAACUACCUAGACUACGACCUCGCCGUCCUCCGCUCCAACAUCUCCGCCUGCCACCUCAAACUCUCCCAGUGGAAAGACGCAAUCUCCUCCGCCUCCGCCGCGCUCGACUCCCUAGACCGCAUCGACAAGGAAUCCGCCCUCGAGCAGGAACGCCGCGAGAAGCGCAAGGCCGAAGAGGAAGAGGGCGUGGACGAGGAGAUUGUCAGCUCGGGCGCCAGCGUCGCCGCCCCCGCGCCCGUCACCUCCGCGGAAGACGAAGAGGAGGUCGCGCGUAGGAAGAGGGCGGACGAUGUCCUGCGUAUUCGAGCGAAAGCUCUCAUGCGGAGGGCGAGGGCGCGGAGCGAGGAGGGCGGGUGGCAGAACCUCGCGGGCGCGGAGGAGGAUUACAAGGCGCUGGCUAAGAUGGGGAACCUCGCGGCCGCGGAUCGCAAGAUCGUGCAGACGCAGUUGAGGGCGUUGCCGCCGAGGACCAAGGCUGCGCAGGAGGCGGAGACGGCGGAGAUGUGGGGGAAGCUCAAGGAUCUGGGCAAUGGCAUUUUGAAGCCGUUUGGACUGAGUACGGAUAACUUCCAGAUGGUCAAGGAUGAGAAGACGGGAGGGUAUUCGAUGAACUUCAACCAGGGUCAAUGA